CGUAGAUCCCAGCUUCUCAGAAAAAGGAAAAAGGUAAACAAGACAAAACAACUCCACCAUCUGAAGUAAUAAUAAUAAGCUAACAAAAAUAAAUAAAACCCUACAGCUAUUUCCAUCCUUUCAUUGGAGUAAUAGUUAUCAAUCGUCACUGUCAUCACAUGGAGCAUCCACCUACCAUUUUCAUGGUACCUGAACCCCCACCUUUCCCUGCAUCACCAAGGAGUGUAGAUUUAGCCCCUCUUGAAUUCAUUCUUGCAUUCAUAGCAGUUAUCGCCGUUCCCGCUCUGAUCUACACCUUUUUCUUCUCUAUCAAGUGCCCUCCUGGCCCUUUCAGGAGGAGGAGGCGUCACCGAAGCAGCAGUUCUAUCAUCUCUGAAACCCUUUCUGUUGCUGAUAUUGCUGAUACCGACGACGUAAACGGUACAACGAGCGGUGACCAGAAAGAGCGGGUUUCAGAUGUUAAGUUUCAGAAAGACACGCAUGUGAAGGAUGUUGGAAGUGAAUGUCCAGUUUGUUUGUCUGUGUUUUCUGAUGGGGAAGCCUUGAAGCAACUAAGUGCGUGCAAGCACUCCUUUCAUGCUUCUUGUAUUGAUAUGUGGCUCAGUUCCCACUCAAAUUGUCCUGUCUGUCGGGCUUCUACUGCCCCUCCUGCCAAGCAUCCUGGUAAGAAUGCCUCCUCUUCAACAUCUAGAAAUAAUGUUGACGAUCUCCAGCAAGGAUUGCCGGAUGCGGCGAGUUUGGUUUGAGUACAAGAUCUGGCAUCUCAUUGGCUUUUGCUUUCCUAUAUUGUAGAGUGAGCUAUUAUCCUACUUUACAGCCUAAAAUCCAAUGUCAUUUUUUACUCUUUUUUUUUUAAUUGACAAAUCAAUAGGAGAAGUUUGUCUACAAUUUUUUCUUAUUGUCUUGGCAAGUUCUAGCUCCAAAAUUCUCCUU